CGGGAGCUUCCAAGGUGGGGGCACGUGUUAUCGAUAAGCGCAUCAUCGCGCUCCAGCUCGCCUCGUCUCGCCUCCCCCGUCACCCACUUCCGGGCCGACGAUUCACAACCUCGACCCAGACGUCUCUGAAUGCACCAAGCAGCAGAACACCCGCAAACCUCGACGCAAUUCUACCCACGCCACUCCCAACCCCCUCAACCCCCCCUCCCCUACCAGCAUGACGGCAGCAACCACCCCGGCUCGUCAGGAGCCUCCGUCCGCUUGGAGCGACCUCCCGGACGAAGUUCUGCAGCACAUCCUCUUCUACGUUUCGCCGAGCGCCCUCCUCUUCAACGUGCAAUGCGUAUCGAAACGCUUCAGCAGACUUGCCAGCGAGCCUCUUCUUUGGCGGCACCAUUGUCGAGUGCAUUUUGAAUACUGGGACUCGAAGCAUCGUAUCAAACAGAAAUUUAUGGGGAAUGUGGGAGAUGUUGAUUGGAAGACCCUCUACAAGCAUAGGAAGAACGUAGAAUCCGAAACCGCAGCUAUUCUGGACAGCACUAUCGAGGGGCAGGUCAACCGAAUACAAAAGUUUAAAUUGAUAGCCGACUUUGGAUAUGAUGCCAAGGAUACUCUACUGAAGCAUUGCCGUACUUCUGAGACGGCCGAAGACGUCUUGGCUCGAAGAUACUACGCCAAUGCUGUUCUAGACCACGUCCAUCGUUCUAAAGCAUUGGCGGAAUGGAAGAAGCUAUUGAGAGGCGAACCCGUUUCCCUUGAGAGAGCUCUGGGAUCCUUUGAUCUAUUUGUCUUACAUGACCAACAUGGAGAUCUCCUCGAGAUAUCGGAGAUCUUCGAUGACCUGGCUUCAGUUCUCCGCGCUGAACAUCGUGACCUGGACCAACAGUCUACCCGUAUAAAGGCUCUGACAGUGGCUAGGUUUUUACGACAUCGCAAUCUUACAGGACUUUCCACUGAGCUUGCUUACCGAGACCUGCAAAACACCUUUAUUGGCAUUGCAUUACAGGAUCAAGAACAUCCUUCACUGCCCCUGAUCUCUGUUGCCAUAUUCUGUGUUCUGGCACAACGAGUGGGCAUUGAUGCUCGCUGCUGUGGAAUACCAAACCAUGUUCAUGCUAUGGUAUUCCCCCGAGACGACGAGACACUUGAUGGUCGGCCGUUAGCAUCUGGAGAUCCUCAACCAGACCCGAUGUAUCUCGAUCCGUAUCGAUCAGACGAGGAAGUGCCGAUACACACCCUUAGAAGAAUGUUAUCGGAGUGGGGUCUUCAGCUAAGCCAACACGCUGAAUACUUGGGGGAUUCCAGUACAGCUAAUGUCAUCCUGCGGACCUCCAGAAAUAUCUUGGCAACUGUCCAUGAUUUCAGAGCGCACCACGGGAGCGCCGAAAACACCGGACACCCCACGAUUCGACUUCAUGCUAAUCCAUUUGCUGAUCUUGACAAUGCAUUUUAUGCAGCUCUGUGGGCGAACUAUAUAUUUGGCAACCCUCUCCGGAGAUCGGAGGGGACGACUCAGAGCCAAUUUAUUCCCCUGAUAUUGGAAAGAUUCGAACGGCUUUACCCGAUGGAUGCUUCUCUGAUUGAGCAGCACAUUGUUCCGUCAUACAAUAAUCCUACAAAUGCUCAACAUUGGGAACUUCGAGAAGCACUACGUGUCGUGCGCGCUGCAGACCAAACGCCGAAACAGCUUCGUUUACGCAACACACGAGCAUCUCGAGAAGGAGUAAAGUACAAAGUGGGUCAAGUCUUCCGCCAUCGACGAUAUGCCUACACAGCUGUCAUCACUGGAUGGGACAUUGAGUGUGGUAUGGAUUCCGAAUGGAUCUCGAUUAACCAUGUCGAUUCUCUCGCUAGGGGGAGACAUCAAAGCUUCUACCAUGCACUAACAUCUAGUGUCGAAGAUACGAGUAUUCGCUACGUCGCGGAGGAGAACAUUGAAAUCAUCGAACCAGAAUUUCCCAUCUCUCUGAUGAGUCUGGCUGGCCGAUUCUUCAAGCGGUGGGAUAAAGAAGAGAGGGUUUUUGUAUCAAACAUACGAGAUGAGUACCCGGAAGAUUAGGGGGGGACUUUAGAUAUGUUCGGGAGAGAGAGAAAUUCAGGGAUCAACACUUUGCGAUUUUCGAGGAUGACAAUCUGCCA